AGACAUUCAAAUAUGGCGGCGCCAGAGAUGGAUGAGGCGCUGAUGCUGCUCGCAAGGGUCCCGCUGCUGGAGGAGCCGCUCCAGGAGCUGCGCGCUUUGCGGCUGUCCUUACUCGCCGUGCCUCUCAGCGCUCUGCGGGAGCGGCGAGCCGAGCUCCCCUUGGCGGGACUCUUCACUCUCACGGCCCGCGGGGGAAGCAGUGAGCAGAUCUCUCUAUGUGUUUCCAUCCUGGAGCGGUUACUGCAGAUCAUGGAUCCCUUGUAUGUAAUCCAAAACUUUGGUGAAGAACUUCAGAAAGGGCUCUUCCAUCCAGAUAAUUCAGUCAAAAUUCUAACAAUAGCUCAGGUUGGAAAGAUAGUUGAAGAUUCCAGUGCUGCUAGAGAAAUCCUCAGCACUCCUGAGUUGCUGAGGCAGGUCAUUUAUUGCAUUGCUGAUGAGAACCUAGCAGUGGCAAAAGAGGCCAUCAUGUCACUGACAAAAGUAGCGCAAACUGCAGAGAGCUUGGAGGCACUGCUUGCAGGCAACUUUCUAGUUGACUUGAAAAAUGUCAUGACCAGGAGUGACAUUGUUCGUUGCCGUGUGUAUGAGUUGGUUAUCAAUAUCUCCUUGGUGUCGGCAGAUUCAUUGAAUUACUGCGUGAACAGCGGAUUAAUAUCAGAGCUGAUCAGGGAGCUGACGGGGAAUGAUGUUCUUCUCAGAGCUACGUGUAUAGAGAUGGUGACCUCUCUCGCCCGUAUUUACCAUGGACGCCAAUAUCUUGCCCAACAAGGAAUCAUUGAUAAGAUUUCCAACAUAAUCAUCGGGGCUGAUUCUGAUCCCUUCUCGAGCUUCUACUUGCCAGGCUUUGUGAAAUUUUUUGGCAACUUGGCUCUUGUUGACAGUCCUCAGCAGAUAUGUGAGCGAUACCCUGCAUUUGUGGAGAAAGUAUUCAGCAUGGCAGAAAGCCAAGACCCAACCAUGUUUGGCGUGGCAGUGGACACACUUGGGAUCUUGGGGUCAAAUGUGGAAGGGAAGCUAGUGUUACAGAAGAAGGGGAGUAGAUUUCAUCAUGUGUUAAACAGAAUAGGACAUCAAGCAAAGAAUGCCCGGACAGAGCUGAGAGUCCGGUGUCUUGAGGCAAUUUCAUCUCUUUUGUAUCUGCAGCAAGACCAGCAGACAGAAGACCUUCUGGGCAUGACAGAAUCCUGGUUCUCCUCUCUGUCCAGCCAGCCCUUGGAACUCUUCAGGAGCAUCAGUAACCAGCCCUUCCCUGAUCUCCACUGUGGUGCCUUAAAGGUCUUCACUGCCAUUGCUAGUCAACCUUGGGCCCAGAGGAUGAUGCUCAGUAGUCCAGGCUUUGUGGAAUACAUCGUAGACAGAUCAGUGGAACCAGACAAAUCUUCCAAGGAGGCCAAAUACGAACUUGUGAAGGCUCUGGCCAAUUCAAAGACCAUCGCUGAAAUCUUUGGAAACCAGCAUUACUUGAGGCUCAGGGCAUACCUGCGCGAAGGGCCUUAUUAUGUCAAGGCUGUUUCGACCACAGCUGUGGAAGGAGCUGAAUAACAUUGGAACAGCUGCUCUCUGGAGAUAAUGGACUUCUGGAUACGACUUCGCUUUGGAUGUGGAGGGGGGAAAAUAUCUGAGGAAGAAAUUGGUUUGGUCAUUUUUUCCCCUGCAUUUCUAACUCAGAAAUUUCACAUAGCUGGGAAAUAAUGUUGAGGACCAUGUUAAGGACUAUGCCAGUCAUGUUUAGCUUUAUUUAAGAGUUUGGAUGCUUAGUCAGCAGCUGGCAUGGGGCCUACAAAUCAUGGGAUCCUUUAUAAACAGUGGUUUUUCUGCCUUCUGUUAAUUCCUCAGUGAGAGAUGCAUUGUUAACAUAGCUGAACACCACAAGGUUGCCAGACUCCUAAAAGUGGUGAAAGCAGUGCAGAGGUGUGUGUGUUUUCAGUCUUUUUGCCCUGAUCUUAAAUGCUUUGCCUGUACUUCAUUGGUGCUUCCUCCAGCAUAUAAACUGCCCCAAUUGUUGUUUACAGGAAAGGUGAGCAAACCCUUUAACAUAUUGCACCUGUGAAGGGCAGAGGGAGAGAUCUGGGUGCUACAGGUGUCAAAUGGGAUGGUUUCUGGGUUGUUCCAAUUCAGAUUGUAGUGAGGAAUGCUCCCUAACAUAAAAUAAAGGUUGAAUUUUGAGAAGGCUAGAUUACGAUCUCCUGGCAUGCUGGCUCGUACAGGAAAUCAGGAGGAUUUUCUCCACCAUGUGCAGUGUGAACUGGUACAGCCCAGUAACAAAAAUCACAUGACUGGGGGUUAUUAUUAUUGUUAUUGUUAUUACUUCUUAUCCAUUUUAAGCUUUUCUACCAAGUGCAGUAGUGUGUUAAACAGGGACACCACCAGAAGGUGUUGGCUUGUAGUCUUAAUUGUUAACAGCAGCUGCAAAGACACAAAAGUUAGUAUGACUAAAUUUCAAAGGGUAAAAUUUCCUGCAGAGGGACCAAAGCUUUGAGGUGAAGGGAUCUGGGUUUAUUUUCACCACUACCUUCAUAGGUUGAGCAAUUUUUCUCCAUCCCAUGCUAUUUAGAAAAAUCAAUCCUUCAGGACUUCCUGAAGGGGGAGCCUAUCCAAUAUCCAGGUCUGUCACAGCUCUCAGGAGCUUCCGGUAGAGCUCUGAAAGUCACUAUUAAAUGGUGUUCAACAGCAAAUUUAUUUGCAGUCUUAUUUCUGCAGUCAGAUAAAGGGAAUUAAUCUCCAGAAACUCUAGAGUGGAAUGUCCGCCAAUGAGGGAUAGAUAAAUCCUGUUGGGUGAGUGAUCUGAGAGUGAGAAAGAAUUUCAACACUGGCCCAGGCAGCACUUAAAAUGCUGAGAUUAUUCCAGUGAAAAGACCUGCCGUUCCCCCUUUCCUUCUGUUUUUUAACUACCUUUGAAACUAUAUAAAUUAAUUCAGAAGUUAUUUACACAUCAGUUUAAGUGCUCAUGUAGAAUAUGACCUGGGGACUGAUUUAAGUUAUUAGUGAAGGUGCUUGCUAGGAAAUAAGCAGAAAGUAUGUUUUGAAUUAUAAAUCAAAAUAUACACAGACAAGAGAUUCUCUCUGAGAGGUUUUCUCUUGGGCUUGUUCUGUGGUUUCUUUGAGCCCCUGCUAUGAUUUAUGUCACUGGAAAGAAAAAUGACUUGUGUGGUUAUAUUAGUACUGUUUUGUGAAAGCUGUUUCACACUGCACAGCCAGGAUGGGGGACACUUAAUAGGUUCAAUAAUUUGAAGUAUGUCUGCCCAAUUUUGCGUUAUGGCUCAUUUUAAAUAAAGAAAUUUAGUUGACUAUUUUCAGUCUGAACAGGAAAAUGAUGCUCUUAACAUGAAAAAGUGUCGGCAGGACAGGAAUACAUACGAAAACACAGCUGGUCAACUAGUGAUUCAUUCUGAGAGAGGAGAAUUCUUUGAAAUUUAAGAGCAACUUUACACAAAGAGCUACAGUUUUAAUAAAAGAGAACUGAUUUGCUCAAUUGACCCAGAGGACAUUCUACUCUAGGGAUGAUAAACUGAUGCCCUCCUAGAUGGUGUGUUAUAGCUCCCAUCAUCCCUGUCCAUUGACCAUGCUGGCUGGAACUAAUGGGAGUUGGCCUCCUCAACCUCCCCCAGAGGGCUGCGCAAGAUCCCCAGUUCUAAUCUUGCUCUGCUUCUGAUAAGUCACCUACCACAAUCUUGGUUCCCUAGAUAUCAUUGGACUGCAGUUCUCAUUCCUCCUGCCUAUUGGGGGAUACUGGCCUAGGCUGAUGGGAGUUGGAAGUCCAGCAACAUCUGAGGACCCAGGGUUGGGAAAGGCCGACUUACCAGAUGCCACUGAAGUUUGCAAGAAAGUGUAAAAGCAACAACAGCCUCCCCUGGUCUUGAUUGUCUGUUACCUUAACGUACUUGAAAAGGCUAAUAAGUGGUGGAUUGGUCUAUCCUUUGAUCACUGAUAUUGAUGGAAUAUGGCAGGGAGGAGAGGUGAUGAGCUCCUGACUAUUCAGUGUUUGGGUGGGUAAAAUCAUCUAUACAUGUCCAAGGAAUACUGUGAGAGCUGGUUGCUGCCAUGUCUGGCUGUCACAUUACCAUCCACACCAGUGCACGUGAAAACAGGUUCUAUCCAUGCACAGAUGCAUCAUUUAAAGAACUUCCAUCCACUCGUGGAGUGGACUAGUUCACAUGACCUUGUGACUCCUGCUCAUGUUCUGUGAGUGUUCAUCAUCUAUACUCCUGUUGUGUGCAUGUUGUAAAUGGGAAGUUCAGAAUAGAGAAAAACUUACGCAAAGCACAAGUAGUCAGUGGAAUUCCUUGCAACAGGAUGCUGGCCAUGGCUCCUAGCAUAAAUGGUUCAGCAGAGAAAAUCCAUGGUUAAAAUCAAACUUUUUUGGGUCAGUUUAAUCAGCAAAAUGGAGUGCCUCAUUCUGUAAGGCAUCAACACUCAGGUGUUUAAAUCCAUCCAGGUAUGUCAUGAUUUUGCAGGAUACCAACCCAUAAUACGUUUCUAGUACAGUGCAGUCCUUGCCGUUGCUGAUCUCCUCCCAUUCUUGGAGCAGCUGGGUAUCUCUUGCUGUAGAGGAGGUGAAAAUGAACUUGUAGCAGCAGCGGUUGUAGCGAAUGUGCUUUUCCCCAGAAAAUCGAGAACUGUGAGCAGGCACCACACCAGCUGCUUUGCUGCAGAGUCCCACAAAGGCCCCAGGAGGCAGUGAAAGAGGAACUUCUCCAGAGGUUACGUAGAUCUUCCGAGCCACAUCCUGUGAGAUGACAAACGCAGUCGCACUGCAGUAGUCGGGAUAAUAAUUUUCUGGGUAUUUUUGUUGGGAGACAAAGCCAUGACUUUGAGGGUCUCUGUUGGGUUUCUCUUGAUGAACCAGCCUCCCAAGGUAAAUGUCUUCGGGAUGGGUUCUUAAGUUGAGCAAGUACUCGACCAAACUUGGGAGGUUGAUGAACAUCAUCUCAUCUGCUUUGAGAAUGAACCGGGCCCUGGAGCAGAAUGUUAUGGCCCACUCCACAGCCAUCAGUGUCUUCAGUGUCUGGUUCUCUACAGAGUCCAGGAAGGAGCCUUGAAUGAGGUCCUGAUGCUUCUCCAUCUCCUGGACUACCUCCAGCUGGGUGCCUUCUGAAGAGGGCUUGCCUAACACAAAAAAAACGAGAGUACCAUAACCCCUGAUGUGUGUCUGGUUGGCCCAUGUUUCUCUAAUGGUGUUGCGCCUUGACAAGUUUUCGGGGCUGCCAAAGACUAGGACAAGGAGGAAGAUCUCUUGGUUGGAGCAGGCCUCUGAUCUGCUAGCUACAUAAGACUUGGAGAUAUUGGCCUUCAAGGGGGUCAUAUCCAGCUUCCGUGCUCUCUCCCUGGCUUCGAGGACCUUCAUGUCUGUGUAGGUGGUGGGGAGUGCUCGCAAGAAGUAUUCUUCCACAAGAUCGGCUCCGAAGAACAAAAUGUGGAAAAGAACAACAUUAAAAAGAAUGAAGCACCACUGGUGGGUCCUUAGCCGGCAGAAGAUAAGCUGCAGGGCAAAAAAGAGGAGAGGUUUAGUGUCUGCUUCCUCUUCAAGAGUGUGUUGUACAGUGAUACUUCCACCACCACCAUAAUAAUAAUAAUAAUAACAACAACAAUAAUAAAUAAUUUAUUAUUUAUAUCCCGCCCAUCUGGCUGGUUUCCCCAGCCAUUCUGGCCGGCUUCCAACAAAAUAUUAAAAAUACAUUAAAAUAUCAGUCAUUAAAAACUAAACAGGGCUGCCUUCAGAUGUUUUCUAAAUGUCAGGUAGUUGUUUAUCUCCUUGACCUCCAAUGGGAGGGCGUUCCACAGGGCGGGCACCACUACCGAGAAGGCCCUCUGCCUGGUUCCCUGUAGCUUUGCUUCUCGCAGUGAGGGAACCUAAGAUGUGAAGCAAAGUUACCUGGGUUUUGCAAAGGUGCAGAUGGAAUUUGGAUUGCUCUGCUACUUGCUGAAUAUAGUGAGAAUCCAAUGGAAGCAUCCAAUUGCUUCUCUCAGUGAGGGAACCGCCAGAAGGCCCUUGGCGCUGGACCUCAGUGUCCGGGCAGAACGAUGGGGGUAGAGACGCUCCUACAGGUAUACUGGGCCGAGGCCGUUUAGGGCUUUAAAGGUCAGCACCAACACCUUGAAUUGUGCUCGGAAACGUACUCACACUCAACCAACUCGCAUCCUGCAACCAUCAUCUGAGGCUCUUCUUCAUGUGCCCCCCUCUGAGUGGUAAAAUGAGAAUGGGCCUUUUCUAUGGUGGCUCCCAACUUCUGGAAUGCUCUUCCCAGGGAGGCUCACCUGUUGCCUUCAUUGCACAUCUUUAGGUGCCAGGCUAAAAUGGUCCUCUUCUCCCAGGCCUUUGGCUAAUUUAACAAUCUAUGGUUUCUUAAGCGGUGUGUGUUUGUGGUUUUUAUUACUAUGUUAUGCAUUUUUAUAUAGUAAACCGACCUGUGAUGCUUGGAUGAAGGGUGGUAUAGAAAGUUUAUUAUUAUUAUUAUUAUUAUUAUUAUUAUUAUUAUUAUUAUUAUUAUUAUUUAAUAAUAAUAAUACACCCUCCUCUCAUAGUUGUAUAUGGACUACUUCCUUCUGCUGUGAUCCUAUAUGAGUGCCUAAUAUUACCAGGCACGUUCUUCUGCCUGCAGUGUCCCCCCCCCCAUUCCCCAUAGUAGUUCGGUGAAAGAGCAUCAGCUUUACAUGCAGCAAGUACCGGGUUCGAUCCUCUGCAUCUCCAAGAAGGGCUGGGAAAGUUUGCUGCCUGGAGCCCCUGAAAGCUUAUGCCAGUUGGUGUAGGUGAUACUGUGCCAGA